AUGUCCGCACCAGCGCCCGCCGCCGCCUCAGCCUCCGCGAUGCCAGAGGGCGUGACAGACCCGAACUGGAAGCCCGAGCCCGGACGUGUGGGCAAUCUGAGCGUACCGCAGCAGCAUGCGCUGGAGACGCUCAAGAAGGAGCUGCAGGCUGAGGACCGGUUCGUGCCGGAGAGGAUGGACGACCCGACGCUGUUACGAUUCCUCCGUGCACGUAAAUUCGAUGUCCCCAAGGCCAAAGAGAUGCUCAUCGCCUGCGAAAACUGGAGGGUGGAGUUUGGCGUUGAGGAGCUUGCCAAAAACUUCGACUUCACAGAGAAGGCGGAAGUAGACAAGUACUAUCCGCAGUAUUACCACAAGAUCGACAAGGAUGGUCGCCCGAUAUACAUCGAGGUCCUCGGCAAGCUCGACAUCAAAGCCCUCUACGCCGUCACAACGCCCGAACGCCAACUGCAGCGCCUCGUGCACGAAUACGAGCGUUCAAUCCGCGACCGUCUCCCCGCCGCAUCCAAGCAAGUCGGGCACCCCGUCGAGACGUUCUGCACGAUCCUCGACCUCAAGAACGUCUCGAUCUCGAACUUUUACCGCGUCAAGGACUACGUCGGCAAGGCGACGCAGAUCGGACAGGACAGGUACCCCGAGGUCAUGGGCAAGUUCUACAUCAUUAACGCCCCGUGGGGAUUCUCGGCCGUAUGGGGCAUCGUGAAGGGCUGGCUCGAUCCCGUCACUGCGGCUAAGAUCGACGUGUGCGGAAGCGACUAUAAGGGCAAGUUGCUCGACCAGAUUCCCGCGGAGAACUUGCCGAAGGAGUACGGUGGCACUUGCGCUUGCCAUGGGAGCUGCUCGCUUAGCGAUGCUGGGCCGUGGAAUGAGGAGACAGCAGCGCCCACGCAGGCACCUGCUGCGGUGUGA